AUGUGGAGAUCAACGUACCGUAUCCGAUCCAGAUUGGCAAUGCAAAAAUCGGCUCGACUAAGAUCGGUUUCUUUGGGGCCGUCCCCGCCGUGUCACCGCUGUCGUCACCAAAAAAAAAGCGCUACGAUGGACGAGCUGGCGGCGCAGGUACUGCCGCCCGACAGCGCCGCCAAGUUGCUGCGGGUGUUCUGCUUCCUGCGACAGCACGACCGCAAGACCCGCAUCGCGAGGAAGACGGCCGAGCUCAAUGCGUGGCGAGUCCCACCGCCGGUGGCAUCGCAGCGCGCGGACGACGGCUUUGCCGACGAAGAGCUGCAGCAAGCUUCGCCGACCGAGGUGAUGCCGGACAAGACGGAUCUGCUCUCAGAGCUGAACCUGCUCGCCGCCAGCGAGGAACCAGACGGGUCAGCGAAAGUCGUGAGCGGCACUAGGAGCAAGAACGGGGGCGCUGGUAGCCGCAAUGCGACGGCAGUCUCCGCGAAAACCAGCGACAUGCAUGAUCUCCGCAGCGAGAUCAAGGAGCUGCAAAAGGGGGUCAACACGAGCAACAGUGAUACAUCCGGGGUUAUCACCGCUGCGGACUUGAGCUCUUGUAUGCGGAGCUUGAAUCGAGUGCCCUCGAAGGGUGAAGCGCAGUGGAUGAUCUGGGAGGUGGACGACGACUUGGACGGCAGCGUGAGCUGGGAAGAGUUCAAGGGUUGCUACGUUCGCACACUACUGGAUUCGCACGGGCUCGAGCUCAACCAGCUUUACUAUCUCAUCCAGUUCCUACUCUGUGACACAGACAGUAGUCAGACCGUCUCAGCGGACGAGAUCACGGCGGAACUGCAGCGCAUUGGGGGCACGGAGCACCUUACGGCGAAGUUGUGGUCUGUGUUGGACGGCGAGAACGAGGAGCAGCAGCUCCUGCGCAAGCUGACGCUGUCCGAGUUCCUAGACGCCAUGCUUGGCGACCUGCCUGCCAGCUUCAACUUGCACUAA